AGAGUGCAUUAUUUUAAAUAUUUACAGUGAUAUCAGGUCAGGAGAGAGUCUGGUGAAGAAAGUCAGAGAACCCUGGAGAAGAGGUUAUGCUGAGGUGUGGAGAUGAGCAUAUAUGAGCAAGCAUGCAGGACUCAUUUUUCCUCUCACCUCUCUGUCAAAAUGGGCCUGAGCAAACAGAGGAUGAGCCUGGCUGAAGGGAGAGCUGGGGAAGGCAAACAGAGACUGGUCAAAGCCAGCAGGCAUGCAGGAGCGUUCCUCACCACAGCUCUGGACUGAAAUAUUCAGAGCUCCUGCUGCAGGACAGACCAGUCACCACUAUUGACACCCUCAAGGUGUCAGUUCAAGCUUUGAGUGAGGUCCCUAAAGCACCAAUGUGUGGGAACAUAUUCUACUCCCAGGGCAUGUUAUAUAAUUCCAAUAAGUAAAGUAUUCUUGUCUUUCUUGAAUUAUACUGUGUUUAGUGAGGUCAUAGAUCUCUGAGAUGUGUUGUCCUGAGGCAAGUUGUCAAGUUUUUCUGAUUUGCUUCUAGUCUACUUUAUUGUUUACUCUGGUAGUUUUUCUGGUGAUAUUUAGUUUUCAUUACAUGGCUGUACUUUUUUGAUUAUCUAAUGCACUAUAUUUUUUGUGAUAUGUUCUUGAGAACAAAAUAAAUAAUAAUAAUAAUACCAGAUAAUACCAGAGUUUCCACAUUUUUAGCCCACUUAAUUCAAAUAAUGUAAAAUUUAUGACUUAGAUCCGAUUGUUUCUUCUUAUAGGCAUUUUGUUUUUGGUUGGGAAUUGAAUCGAAGACUCACUGCUUGAAAUCUUUUGUGCCCAUGUGGUGCCCAUAACUGCCUGUUUAUAGGGUUGCCACAGUUUAUGACUUUAUAUGGCAACGUUACAUACUCCAUUGUGUAUUUCACAGUUUGAAGGCCGCAUAGCCUCCAUUUAUUUCUAUGCAAAAGUGAGCUUGUAGAAACUUGCUUGUGGUAUGUAACAGAUCACAGUGAACACCCAGGAUCCCCACCUACCAGAGGUAAUUUGUGGUUGAACAGGAAAGGUUUGUCGAAUCAAUUUGCACUCGUAAAUGUCAUCAUGACACAACAAUGUCCAAUUGUAAAACAGAUGUUCAGCAUCUAAUGUAAUAUCAUAACUUUAAAGAGCUUGUGUGUUUUCAAAUUGAUUCUCACUCAAUUUGGUCAAGUGUAAACCAGCAGUAAAAGGUGAAAGAAUCAGAAUGAAAAAUCCACAGCUAGCAGCAGGAAAGUGAUUUGUAGUAAAUGCGUUAAACCACCAUCAAGGUUUUGUUUUUUUUUUUUGUUUUUUUUAGCUUUAAAAGGAAUCAAAUCUGAGUCAACAUAAGCUCCAUGUGUUCUCUGAGAUAUAUUUGAGUUGCACCUGCAUUUUAUCCUUUGACAAUGGAGGGUAUAGGCUGGGGGAUCUAUGGCGCCUUAUAGAUCAGUAAUGUUAAUUCCCAGUACAGCAGACUAGCAUCAGGAAGUGGCUUGGUGUGACAGUUAGCGCUGGGUGGGGCAUUGGAGGAGAAGAGACAGGCGCCAAACGGGACACUAGGACUGUGGGAAAUGACACUGGUUAUAACACCUCCGACUUUUACACCACGGUUACCGCGGCUCAUAUAUAAGGAGAGGUCUCUUUUCAAACAACAAAAUGGUUGACCGGCAAGGAAAUGAUAAAUAAAUGUAGCAUGUGCCACCCACAGAUGGAAGCCCCCACAUUUGCAAGCCUGCAGCCAAACUUCAUGAGGAGCUUCCAGAGCAAGAUGCCUGAUUUGACUGCAGGACAGAGAGACAGACUCGCUGUGCUGGCAGCAGGAAUGAGGCGUCCAAGAUUUGGUCCUUCCAGUCAUUGACUCCAAACAAGGGAAGCAGAGCCAAACCAGUCAGCCAUGUCUCUGCUCCACGAAACAAUCAAGAAGUGUCCAAAAUCAUCAACCAUUUUGUCCCCAACGCUUGAACAGAAUGACUUCAGACAGCCAUGGAUGUUUUGAACCUCUGGAUUGGGACAUAGAGGCGGACUGUCAUCAAACACCUGAUCCAUUAUCCAUUGAAGAUGUGUGUGAGCAAAAAAAAAAAAAAGUCCAGGUAAAAGUAUCUCUCAAAGUGGAUAAUUCUUUUUGCAAAAAAAUCAUUUAUUUAUUUGUUGUUUUUUUGAUAAUUUCAGUUAUUUCUGUUCUCUCCUUAGAUAAUUGACUGGGCUUAAGCUAUGGAGAAACUAUACAGAAAACACAGAUCACUGAAUUUACCACAAUUUUAGCAUCUCUUGUAAAAGAAAAAAAAAGGUGACAUUUCUUAUCAUUUAUGAGUAAUGUGAAAUUAAAGACAUCUUAAUGUCUUUAAACUUGGAAAAAUCCACUGUAUUUCUUUUUUUUAAAAUUAAAAUCAUGUCUUUUGUCCACAUCAUACUAGUAAACUGUAUUACAGUCAUAAAAUAAUAUUGCUCAUUGCCCAUUUAAUGUCAAUUGUUAUUACCGUAAAGCCUUAAUACAUGUGUAGGUUUGCUGAAAUAAAAGCUAUACUACAAUAAAAUAUUAAUAUAGCUAUCAAUGUUAUUUUUAAUUUGCAAUUAGAGUUACUGAGUGAUGAUACAUAUCUGAAGUGAGUAAUUUGUUUUAUUAAGUGAAAGCUGUAAUAAAAUUAUAAAGGAAGUGGAUCUUGCAUUUGAGUGCAUCUUAUAAUCUUUAGAUUUUUUUAUGUCGUCAUCCAUUUAUUAAUUGAUUCAUCAGUCAUAUAGAAGAACCCACAAACACAGGGCUGGAAUGAUGUCAUUUAAAAUGUGAGAAGGCUUAUCAAGUCAGAACAAUUUCUCUGCAUUUAAAUUAUUUUAAAAUUGGACAAAGCUUCUCAUAAAAAUUUAAAGGAAUAAGAUAUAAAUCUGGACUAAAAUCUGACUCUUGCCGGACUGCAGCCCGGCCGUGGUCAGCCCACAGUGGCUUGGUUUCUGCAGGUGUGGCUUUGAUCUAAGUGUCAGUAUUUACAGGUUGAUGUCAUAAAGACGGUUAAACUGCUUUAUUCAAAACGCUGUCAUCCUGUGGGCUUCAAUGAUAUGGCCGCUACCAGCCAAUCUGUGACAAGCCCGCAAAGAUCAAAGAGGAGACGAGCCAACCAUCUCUGCUCCAAACACCCAUCCUGACAUGGAGCUUCUCUUCAGCCUAUAUAUUUAGGAGCUGUAAAAGUGUGUCUGUGUGAAUGCACAAGAAGAAGAGGAAAGAGAUUCUGGAGCAGCUUAAGGUUCUUCAGUAAUCCGUGUGAUUACAACCAUCCAACCCUGGAGCUGUUGGACAGGAUGGCGACAGGCGCGGGCGAGUGUCCCAGCAAGGCCGUCCAGUACCGGGUGGAUCACCUCCUCAGCGCCGUGGAGAGUGAGCUGCAGGCCGGCAGCGAGAAGGGAGACCCCACGGAGAGAGAGCUCAAAGUGUCCCUGGAUGAGAACGAGCUGUGGCAGAAGUUUAAGGAUCUUACAAAUGAAAUGAUUGUUACAAAGAAUGGCAGGCGCAUGUUUCCAGUGCUGAAAGUGAACGUGUCUGGACUGGACCCGAACGCUAUGUAUUCUUUUUUGCUGGACUUCGCAUCUGCGGACAACCACAGGUGGAAAUAUGUGAACGGGGAGUGGGUUCCUGGUGGCAAACCUGAACCCCAGACUCCCAGCUGUGUGUACAUCCAUCCAGACUCUCCGAACUUCGGGGCACACUGGAUGAAGGCUCCCGUCUCCUUUAGUAAAGUCAAGCUCACUAAUAAACUCAACGGUGGAGGUCAGAUAAUGUUAAAUUCUUUACACAAGUAUGAACCACGCAUCCAUAUAGUUCGGGUUGGAGGGCCGCGGAGGAUGAUCACCAGCCACUCAUUCCCAGAGACACAGUUCAUUGCAGUGACGGCAUACCAAAACGAAGAGAUAACUUCGCUGAAAAUAAAAUACAACCCCUUUGCCAAGGCCUUUCUGGAUGCAAAGGAGAGGAGUGACAACAAAGACCUAAGAGAAGAUGCCAGUGAAAACCAACAAUCUGGUUACUCUCAAUUAGGUAGCUGGUUCAUUCCAGGCACAGGCUCCCUUUGCCCUCCUGCCAGUCCUCACAGCCAGUUUGGGAGUCCCAUAUCCCUCUCGCCAUCCCACGGCUGCGAGCGCUACUCCACUCUGAGGAACCACCGCUCUGUCCCCUAUGCCAGCCCAUAUGGCCAUCGAACCAACUCACCCACCAGUUACAUUGACAACUCCUCACCUUGCCUGUCGAUGCUCUCAAGCCAUGACAACUGGUCCAGUCUUCAGAUGCCAGCUCACUCGAGCAUGAUGCCGAUGGCACACAACUCCACCUCUGGUACCAACUCUAGUCAGUACACCAGCCUGUGGUCUGUGAGUAACUCCCCACUGACUCCAGUGUCCCAGAAUGGGGGGAUAAACAACUGUCUGAGCUCCCAGUUCCUUCGAGGGUCCGGCAGCCACUAUCCCAGCCUGUCUCACUCAGUCACAGUGCCUUCUUCUGGCUCUCCCAUGUAUGACAGCAGCACAGCCACAGAAGUUCAUGAUACCACUGCUCAGUACGACGUCUCGCCACACGGUCGACUACCGUCAGCCUGGACCCCCGUCACACCUCCAUCCCUUUGAUGGGAAUAUAUCUGCGAACUGAGAGAAAGACACUCAUCAAACUUCGUCUGCAGGAUGCUUGAUCUGAUGUGACUUACAAGAAUAAUUAACUAAAAAAUAAGCUGUUUUCUAUGAUCCCAAACUAAAUUCCACAGACCAAAUAUUCCUCUUUAAUUGUGGUCAGUUUGAAUUGAAUCAGGAUGUUCACAUUCCAAGACUUUUCCACUGUUUAUCUGAUGCUAAUUAGAUACAAAAAAGGCUUUAAUUCAAACUAUUUAUGACUUCACAAGCAAAAUAACUAUGCAAGUUUUCCCUUUUGGUUUAUUUUGUUCUUGAAUUCAUUGGAUAUUGCUGUGCAGGAUAGCGAGAAAAAAACAUAUACUUUAAUUUUUGUCAACCAACAUCUAUUUUAAUCUGCUUAUAUUAAGCAUAACUCCAUGAUAUUCACAGAAGUUAGCAAAAAAGACGUACAGCAGAAAAAUGUUGACGAUUUUAAGCAUUGUUUAUAGUGUAAAUGAGAAAAAAAUCAUGGUUUAUGCACUGUAAAUAGAUAAAUGAAAGUUUUUGUACUACAGUGAGAUAGUAUGCUCCGGAAUAUUUUAAAAAAUAAAAUAAAAAUGGGGAUCUAAUGUCAAUAUUCUGCUAUGCAGAUGAUACACAUCUUUCCAUGUCAUUAAUAAAACACAUCUCUCAUA